GACUGUAGUAUUUUAACCUCUUUUAACCAUUUACCUUUGGUAAAGCUCUACUUACAAUGUGUAAUAUGUAGUUUAUUUCACAUUGCUAAUAAGCUUUUGUCUAGUGGUAGAUACUGUCAGUGGAAGUACUGUAAGCUGGAAAAUAUCGAUUUCAGAAUAUAAAAUCUUCGAGAUGGCACUAGGGAAUCGUUUUAACGUGCUAUUACCAGUUAUUAGGGGUUAAUAAAACGUGUUAUUCCUCACAUGACGCUCAUAACUUCCCACACUCUUCCACAGAUCCUCCCACUACUAGUUCUCACACUUCUCCUCGUGUACUCCGCUGUGAACUACGAGUAAACUUUAUUUCUCUCUAAAACUGAGCUUUACGUUUUACAUUUUUACUUUCGGAUGAAAAUUAUAUAAGGAAUACCGCAGCUGAUUCUUCUGCCUACAGUAGAUCUGUUUGCUAAUGGAGACACUGGUGAGCCAUUACUUCUCCAGAAUCUUCUGAGUUCAAUCAUGUCAGUCUGGCUUUUGUGUGCUUUGCUUUCUUCUCUGAUUUGCCAAACGAAACAGGAUGGGCGCUCACUUCCUCUAAAAGAGGUGGAAGUGUAUGUAGAAAAAACUAACACAUCUGAUCUCGGUGCAUGGGUGUUGAACGUUAAAUGGAGAGAUGAGUUGAAAGCUGGAAAUAAUGAAUCCAGGAAAGUCAGCUAUGACAUGGAGGUUUAUUAUACUGAACAGAUGAUGCCUGUUCACUCUGAAACUAUACAUGUGACGCAAGGCAAUACAGCCCUUCAUCACUGGAAAUGGACCUCACCUAUACCAUUGCAAUGCACUUCCCAUUCGGUCAGACUUAGGCGUCGAGAUCAGCAUCACAUUAGUGAAUGGACACCAUUAUACACCUACAAAGGAGAAGAUCUUAGUGCCACAAGAAAAAUAGUCUUUCCUCAUGAUCAAGUUUUCAUGGUUGGGAGUAACAUCACAUUUUGUUGCAUCUUGGAGAAAGAGAACGUUCCAUCAUCGGAUUCUGAAUUUGUAAAACGCAUCAGCAACAGGACUUACAUCACAAAAUCACUUCACGUUGACAGCCCUUCAUCAGAUUACACAAUGCACUGUAAUGUUAAUGGAAGCUAUUCAGGAGGCUCUACAGUAUUUAUUGGCUAUCCCCCAGAUGACCACAGUCUUACAUGUGUGACACAGAAUCUCACCUCUGUGGAGUGUCGCUGGGAAAUGGGUAGAGACACCGGCCUGCGUGGUGUUAAAAGGACGAUUUACACACUUAAUGGAGGAGUUUGUGAGAUCAAUAAAUGUGUCCUGCCUGCGGUGCCAAAUCAGGUGACAAACUGGACUCUGAUUGCCAAAAAUGACCUUGGUGUGAAGAUUCUCACUGAUACAGCUGACCCCACUCACCGGGUAUUGUUGAGAGCACCCAUUAAAUUAUCCCAUACUGCUCAUGCAAGAAGUGUCACUCUUGAGUGGAGUUGGGACAUGACAACUGAUACUUCCUUUCCGAUAAUUUGUCGAGUGAUGCUCAACGGAAGCUUUUACAAUAAAACCUUCAGAGGAAAGGGACUGUCAUCAAUUGUCCUUGACCAUCUGCAGCCCUUUGCUAAUUACACAGUUAAUGUGAGUUGUGGGUCUGAUGAGCACUUCUACAAAUGGAGUGAGUGGAGUAAUAUUACUUUCACCACUAAAGAGGACAUUCCAGAAGCAGUCGAUGUUUGGUUCGAGUAUUUUAAUCAAAAUACAUAUGUCCUGUGGAAGCCUCUAAAUCAACAACAAAGCCAUGGGAUAAUUACGCAAUAUGAACUUACCAAAGGCAAGAGGAGAGAAAUCAUUGGUAUAAACACGCUGUGCUACAAUGUCACCACUGGGAAUGAAAGAAGUGAUCAAAACAUCACAGUGUCAGCAAAAAACUCUGCUGGUCUUUCUCCUCCUACUACAAUCAUCGUCCCGGGUUAUCCUGACAAUGAAGUCCAUAUAAGCCGAAUCAGUAGUCGUAAUGGUGAAUGGGAAUACUUCAAUUCCACUUGUGGCUAUGUUGUUGAAUGGUUUCCAACCUACACUGAGAAACAAUGUACUGUACAAUGGACGAAGAUCCCAGAAAGUGAACAUGCCACUUGGUAUCACACCUGGAAACAGAAUGGUAUUUUUAAGGUAGUUGAGAAAUAUGCCUGCAAUGAAAAUAAACCAGUGCUUCUGCAGAGGAGUGAGGGAUAUGCUAAAGAGCAAUGUAAUUUUACGGAAGGUGAGAAAUAUACUGUGUCGGUCUAUGCCUGCAAUGAAAAUAAACCAGUGCUUCUGCAGAGGAGUGAGGGAUAUGCUAUAGAGCAAAAACCAUCAGGGACAGUUCAGGAUCUGAAAGGUAAACAGAAUGGCAGAAACCUUGAACUUUACUGGAAAGAAGUGCCCUUAAAAAAGCAAAAAGGCUUCAUACAGGGCUACAAGGUCAUAACGGUUCUUUCAGAUUCCAAAACACUUGUAAACACAACAGUGACGAAUGAGCCUAGAGUUAAUUUGAUCUUGGAUCCAGGCACCUACACCUUCCAUGUUAGUGCCUUUACAUCUGGAGGAUAUGGUGGUAACGCUACAUUAAUUUUUAACAUGGAAAUAAAGAUUGUCCAGAUGAUUGUGACUACUGUUGUGGGAUGUAGUGCAGCAACUCUUGUCUUCAUUAUCAUCACAAUCCUGUGCUACAGAAAGAAAAAAUGGUUGAAGAAAUUAUUGUAUCCAGAUAUUCCUAAACCAAAACUUGCAGGGAAAUGGACUACAAAGGGCAUGUAUUGUACCCAGAUGACUGAGGGAUAUAUCAAGUGUGAGAUCCAAGAGGUCCACAGUUGCGAGUGUCCUGCAACAGCAGAAAGUACACAUGGCCUUGAUCUCAUCAGCUCUAACUCCACACUGUUUCCUGCACAAAAGGAAUCUCCAGCUGAUGUCUCAUACUAUCCUCCUCUACUGCUCUGUGCUCAGAAGCUGACCUCAAUUAUUGAAAACCCUUCUUACAAUAUGACCAUACCUGAACUAGACAAUGUUGCCCAGAUAUCCGAGCUUACUCUGGAAGUGCAGGAUAGUUACCUCCCAGCUCCUAACUUUGUUCAGAAAGAUUUUGUUGGUAAAGACUCCGCAUGCUACAAGCCCCAAUCAGCAUAACUUACAAAUGUAUAGCUAGACCUCAGUGUAGUGCUAUGUAAUGCACAUAAUGUAUAUAUGAAUUAUGCCAGUGAAUUAAUGUUAUUUAUAAGAUAUUGUACUUUCUCAACACUGUCUCUUGUAAAAUAAGUUGUGAAAAUGCAGUACUGUGGUGAAAUAAAGCUGUGACCUUUCUUUAAA